UUUCCGCUUUUCUUUCUCUCGUUAUUUCCGGCGCCGUCGUUUUCUCACGUGUUACCAUUUCAUACCUGCAUUGCUUCUUGCCUCUUGGACGAGUCUGUUUUUGUAAAGAUGGUAAAUUUAUUCAAACUAAAAGGAAAAAAAGGGAAUAAAGAAUAAGUGGGUUCAUCAUCAUCAUCGCACUUGCCACGUACAUGCUUUGCUUUGCUUUGUUUCUUAGGAAGGAUUUUGGCAUCUUCUUAGGUUAAAUUAACCGCAUUUCUGUUUUGGUUGGAUGUGAUGAUGCAGAGUAAAAGAAAGCCAAGAAAAAGAAACACUUGGGGUUUCCAGGAGGAUACAGCUAGGUUUUAGAAUUUUUUAUGUGGGUUGGGGGGUUUCAAACUACCUUAAUUUUCUGCGGUGAAUCUUCCCUGAGUGCAUUUGCAAGUGUUGGCAUUUCUGCGUGCACAUACAAAAUGAGUUCAAAAAGAGGGGGUGGAAGACCUGUAACUUCAGCUAACAAUGAUAUGUGCAAAGGGAAAAGCAUAUCAGAAUAUCAGCCAAAACUUGAACAGUUGACUCAGGGUAUUGCUGACACUAAGUUAAACUCUGGACAAGAUGAUGGUGAAUGGGAGGUAUAUGCAAGGAAACCCAAGAACAAAGCUGGAAGCAGUGCUGGAAAACCAUGGGGAGGGCCAUCGCAAAAUUCCAAUCCUAGGGCAUGGAGUAAUGCAGAUAUGGCUCCAAAGCCAGGCAACCGGAGUCAUGGUGGAGUUGGAAGAUCCACUGGAAAUCCCUGGCAGACACAAAAUGCUAACUUUAGGAGACCAGCUGGCAGAGGAAAUGGAAGGCCUCAGGUAGCAACAAGUGGAUAUGAAAGCUACAGUGUGAAUCCAAAUCCUUUAAUUCGGCCUCCCCUCGAGCAUGGGUGGAACUGGCAAUCUAGACCUGGUGCAAUGCAGUCCAAUAUAACUGAUGAAAUUGCACUGGAGGACCUUGAAAAGAAUGAUGAAGAUGAUGUUGAUGGGGAGGAGGAGGAUUCUGAUGCUUUGGAAGAUAGUGAUGAUGAUUUAAUGAGUGAUGACUAUGAUUCUGAUGCUAGUCAGAAGAGCCAUGAGACACGUAAGAAAAGCAAAUGGUUUAAAAAGUUCUUUGGGAUUUUGGAUAACUUGACUGUUGAACAGAUAAACGAACCAGAACGACAAUGGCAUUGUCCAGCUUGUCAAGGUGGUCCUGGAGCUAUAGAUUGGUACAGAGGACUGCAGCCCUUGAUGACACACGCCAAAACAAAGGGAUCAAAGAGGGUGAAGAUUCACAGGGAGCUUGCUAUCCUUUUGGAUGAGGAAUUACACAGAAGGGGUACUUCAGUAAUUCCAGCUGGGGAAAUUUUUGGUAAAUGGAAAGGCUUAAAAGAAGAAGAGAAAGAUCACGAAAUAGUUUGGCCUCCAAUGGUUAUCAUUCAGAAUACGAAGCUUGAGCAGGAUGACAAUGACAAGUGGAUAGGUAUGGGUAACCAAGAACUUCUUGAUUAUUUUAGCACAUAUGCUGCUGUGAAAGCACGACACGCUUAUGGCCCACAGGGUCAUCGUGGGAUGAGUGUUUUGAUAUUUGAAGCCUCAGCUAGUGGCUAUCUAGAGGCAGAGCGUCUUCACAAGCAUUUUGCAGAGCAAGGAACUGAUAGAGAUUCUUGGUUCAUUCGCCCCAUUUUAUAUCUCCCUGGGGGGAAUCGCCAGCUCUAUGGAUACAUGGCUACAAAAGAAGAUCUAGACUUUUUCAAUAAGCAUGCCCAAGGUAAAUCUCGGCUCAAAUAUGACCUGAGAUCAUAUCAGGAGAUGGUUGUACACCAAAUUCGGCAAAUGAAUGAAGACAACCAGCAACUUAUCUAUUUUAAGAACAAGGCUGUCAAAGGAGCAAAACAUACAAAAGCUCUUGAAGAAUCCAUUGGUAUGAUGUCUGAGAAGCUGCGAAAGACAAUGGAGGAAAAUCGCAUUGUGAGGAGGAGAACAAAAAUGCAACAUGAAGAAACGAAAGAAGAGAUGUAUAUGCAAGAAAAAUUCUUCAAGGACCAGAUGAAAAUCAUUCAUGAGUCAAGGGAUGCAAGUGAAGAAGAUUUUGAGAGGAAGCAACAGGAGGAACGUGAGAAGGUUAAGCAGUCAAGUACUACUGGUCCUGUAAAUUCUGAGGAAUAUAGACUCAAGGUGGAUGAAUAUUUAAAAUUUGUUGAAGUCCAAGAUAAAGAAAUGGAAAACUUUGUUGCUGAGAAGGAUAAACUGUGUUAUGCUCAUGAUGCGAGUAUUGCUGCAAUGAGGCGUAGGCAUUGGGAGGAAGAGAUGCAGUUGGAGCAGAAGUUUGACGAGGAACUAGCCAACCUCAUGGAGAAGUACUCCCCGUCGUAGAACAAGUCCAAUGGUAGGGUGUUGAGAGACUCAUACUAACAGAUAAGAGAUAGCACAUCGGCAUUCUAGAAAUUGAGACUUUUAAUACUUGAGUAUGCCAUUUUCUUUUUUUCAGUACUUGUUUACAUUUAGUAAUGCAUGGAGAUAGAAUCUUUGGUUAAAACUUGCAAAGGUGUUGUAUGUGACUUGUUUAAAAAUUUAAUAGCAGCAGGGGUUUUUACACUAAA